AUGCCUCGCCACCACCGCGACGAUAGCGAAGAAGACGUUGCAAGCCUCUCGUCAAGCUCUAGCGACAGGGAAGUCCGCAACAAUGCAGCUCCGACGAACUCGCGCAGCAAGAAGAAGAAGAGAGUGAGAAGGCGUUCUUCCGUCCGCGAACGCGGCAAGAAAUCCAAACGAAGAAAGCACUCUCAUCGUCGCUUCUCCUCGCGUCACCACAGCUCUAGUAGCCGGCGAAGGACAGAUUUUUCGGAAGCACUAGAUUCCUCGGCUGAAUAUCAGCACGGUGGGGACUCCUGUUCUUCUUACACACCCGAAUCGGGGGCGAGCAGUCACAUUUCUUCCGAGUCAGAAGAAGAAGAACGCGGCGGAGGUGAUGUCGCUCCUCUGGACACCUUAGUGCAUGUUCCUGAGUUGAAUGUGACAGCCUUUGACAGUUGGGAUGCGUUGGAGUCAUAUCUGAAGGCGUACAGCAAGAGAACCUACCAGGUUUACUCCAUUAGGACUAACACUCCCGUCCGCACGAGAAACGCCAGAAUGAAAAGGACAAUGUCUACUGCCAAGCCGAUUCCGGAGGAGUAUAAGUUUUACAACAAAACUUACGUAUGCACGCAUUAUGGGGAACCACGGCACACCCGAGGGUUAGGAAAGCGUCCGAACCAGCACUCCAGGAGAAUUGGCUGCAAAGCCCAGAUCAACGCCUGUGUGCACUUUGGUGCUGACUGGGAAAUCGUUAUCACGAAGCAGAACACUGGGCACAACCACGACGUCGGAAGGGAGCUGUAUCAUAACUACCACGAAGCUCGGCAAGUUAGUGACACAGCCGUUCUUGAUACAGUGCGGACGCUACAUCGAGCUGGGGCAAACCGGAAACGGAUACUGGAAUACGUUAUGGAGAAUACAAACGUGGAACCUACCAUGAAGGAUAUCCACAACCUGGUCGAGCGUCUGAAAAAGGAAAGCUACACAUUUCCUACUGUGGAAGAACGCAUACGGGCAAUACUGGAGGAUUUUGCGUCGCAGAAGGGUAACUUGACGCGAGUGUACGCAAACGCAGAGAACAUUGUCGAGUGCAUCAGCAUCCAGUCAGCUCACAUGAGGUCAAUGUUCGAGCAUUUCCCGGAGAUUCUCCUGAUAGAUGCGACGCACGAUACCAACGCGUCGAACUACAAACUCUUCAGUUUCAUGAUCCAUGACACCUUGAGCAAAGGUCAACACGUACAGCAUUGCCUUAUCGAGAACGAGCGGAAAGAAACGCUACGCUUAGCGUGCAAGCAGUUCAAAGAAGUUCUGAAAGAGGAGUUUCCAGGUGUGAGGAUCUUACUGUGCCACUUUCAUGUGGUUAAGUAUCUCCAAGAAGAGACUGCAAAGGAAAAGUACAAUCUGGAUGCUUGGACGAAGAAGGAGAUGAAGCGUUUGGUUCAGCUUUUGGUUGGGGCUCCGACUGAAGUGAUAUAUGACAACGUGAUCGCCUCGAUGAAGGUGGUACUACGUGCAGAUACCAAAGUUAAGCUUUGGUUUGACUAUUUCGAUGAAAACUGGACGACUUGCAAGGAAAUGUGGAGCUCUGUGUAUCGCGGCAAUGUCCCUCACAUGGGGAACCAGACGAAUAACAGCUUUGUUUCGGAUCCGAUCAUUUUUUAG